CAGACAAAAUCUGGGGCGGAAUAACUUGUUCCGUGUGUGAGUUGUAUAAAGUGGGGCACACGACUCAAGGCGAAGUCGGUGAGAGUGCAGCCCCUCACACGACGGCCAUUACGUCUUGUUGGUCACAGCAACAGCUCAACUCAGGCGUGACAAUGAUUCCCCUCGUCCUCAUUGUACUUUUGGGUCCUGCAUUUUCAGGUCUGGCUGCUGCCGCCUACGCCAAGGAUGCGCAGUGCGAGGGCGAUGGUGGCGUGUGCCAGUACACCAACGUGGCUUGCGAUGGGAAGAACGUCAAGGGCAGGUGCGGCGGACCCGCCAACCGACAGUGCUGCAUGCCAGCAGCAGCAGCAGCCACUGGGAAUGUAAAGUGGAAUCUGAUUUGUGAUGGACAAACGGCCAACAAGCUGAGAGGCUGCGACAAAUAUGGUUGUGGUAGCUAUGGGGCAUGUCGAUCUGGCCACAAACACAUGGGAGUGGACGUGGAGUGCCCGGAUGGCUCUGUCGUGAAUGCACCAUUCUCAGGGAAAGUGAAACGCCAGGCCAAGCCCUACAAGAAGGACAAUGUCAUCAAUGAUGGAGUGGAGUUUUCCAACGAUGACUUCUGCAUCAAGAUGUUCUACAUCCAUCCUGACCGCUAUACCGGCUCAAUUUCCAGCGGCCAUAAAGUUGGGCGUCUGCUGAAAAUGCAGAGCGUUUACUCUGGAAUCACCUCCCAUGUCCACAUCCAGAUGUGCGACAGUUCCAAAGAUCCAACACCUUACAUAAUCUAACGGAGGCAUAAUUUUCAUAAGAAUUACUUUGCUUUUUUAGCUUCUGCUAUAUUUGUAAAUCAUAUCCCAAAUAUAACAAUGGAUUGACAAAUUACUUAAUACAUAUAGUUUAUAGAUUUAGACCUCACAACCACAAGAUUAUACACUUAUUUGUGCAUAUGGCUAAAUAUAAACGUUAAAAAAGAAGUUUCGAUAUUUAGGUUCAGUUUAUUGUGCCAAUUGAUGGUGUUUGUAGAAACAGUCUGUAGCUCCUUCAUUCCUCCAUUGGACAAUCUAUCGCAUUGGUAUGGUCCAUUGUUUGAGGCAUAGAGCUGCAGUCUCAUUUGGAGCUUUACUUUAUUUUCAAUUUGUGCAUCAGAUGUGAUCUCAGUGGGACCCUCUAACCACACCUCUGAGUCACUGAUUACAUGUCACCUGGCCAAGUUUAACCAAAUUUUAAUUUUAAAAGCAUAAUACAGUAAAUAUCAACUUAUGCUUCUCUACUGCACUAAAUAUGUGAUUUAUAUCAGUCCUAAUUUGGAGAAAAUAAAAUAAUACAUUGGAAAAUUGGCUUGGGAAUAGUGUAUAACAACUAAUCCAGGGAUUUGGACGCAAUAGUUGGGGCAGAGAUUGCAGUGCAGCUAAUAGCUUGGUGAACCUCCUGAUGUGUAGUUUUUCUCUGGAUACUCGCAUUCCUUCUUACAAGCAAACCAUUCCUUAAAUACAAUUGGCCAUGAAUCAAAAUGCAGGCAUCUUGAGCACCUGAGGUUCUACAAGGACCAAUGACACAAACGUCAUCAACCAUGGUCAAUCCACUAACGGAUGAGGGCUGCUGCAGUAUGAGAAUUAGUAUUGAUUUUCAACUGUUUUGGAUUUUUGAUUCUCAGCCGGAAUGAAAGUUCAGAUCGUCAACCACAGUAAAAUCUGGUCAUCUGGUCGCAUAGCAUUACAUUAUAUGUUCAUGGUCACUUCUAAAACAUUCGUGUCAUACAUGAUAUGUGUCGCACAUGCACCUUAAAAAUCCAGGAUGCUGCACAGACCUAUACGAAUCUGUAUGCUGUGUUAGCAUGCAAUCUCAUAAAAUUAAUGGAUGAGAGAGUACCGUCGUUAAUUUUACACUUGAGUCCUAUAUUUGUAUUAAUGUUACUUCUUGGUUUUCGGAUGCCUAUACAGUAUUUGUACUGCUUCCUGUGGGUUUUAAUUGCUGGCGUGCUUGCACAAGACCUUAUGAGAUGCUCAUGUUGUAGUGUAGAGAAUACACAUUUCUGGAAUGGG